GUGUCACUGCUGCUCCAUGCCACAUGCCUUUGAGCACAUCGGUCUGCUCCAUGCACAGCUGGAAAGCUCUUCUGCUGCCUCGUUCACCACUGAGUGUUGAUAAUGUUGCCCUCGUUGCAUUUUACUGUCGUCAUCUGCCUCCUGCAAGUCCUCUGCAUCACUGCUGACAUCGACAGCGGCACCUUCCUGAUCUACAACGUUGACCACAACAGGUGCGUAAAGGUGGAGAGCCCAACCUCCCUUACAGCCGUCCCUUGCAACCCUCGUGCCAAGGACCAGCAGUUUCGCUGGGCUUCGGAGUCCCGCAUCCUCAGCAUCUCUCAUAAGCUGUGUCUGGGUGCCACGGAGAUCAAAGACUGGGUGAAGGUGGCCCUCUCCGAGUGCGACGAGAACAACAUCCUGCAGCACUGGCAGUGCAAGAACGACACCCUGUUUGGCUUGAAAGACGAGGACCUGCACCUCAACUACGGCAACUUCCAUGAGAGGAGCAUAAUGAUCUACAAAGGCUCGGGAGUCUGGAGUCGCUGGAGGAUAUACGGCACUCGGAAUGACCUCUGCUCAAAGGGCUUUCAAGAGAUUUUCACCAUUGGAGGUAAUUCCUUUGGAGCACCUUGUCAGUUUCCUUUCAAGUACGGCGAUAAUUGGUACUCCGAAUGCACAAAGGAUGCACGUGCAGAUGGACUGCUGUGGUGUGGCACAGACAGAGACUAUGACAAGAGCAAGAAGUGGGGGUUUUGUCCUACUAAAGACUCCGCUGGCUGGGACACUGAGCCAGUCACGGGGGCCCAGUAUCAAAGGAACUUGCAGUCAGUGUUGACCUGGCAUCAAGCCAGGAAGAGCUGCCAGCAGCAGGGAGCAGACCUCCUCAGCAUCGUGGAGCUCCAUGAGCAGUCAUAUAUCUCAGGGUUAACAAGUCAUUUGGGAGCGCCUCUUUGGAUUGGACUGAACAGCCUGACGUCUGAGACUGGAUGGCAGUGGAGCAAUGGAAACCCAUUCAGGUAUCUGAACUGGGCUCCAGGUCAUCCCUCGUCGGAGCCCGGGCACUCCUGUGCGACGCUGAAUCCUGCAAAAGCUUCAAAAUGGGAAACCAGUGCCUGCUCUAAGAAACUUGGCUUCAUCUGUCGCAGGGGAAACUCAACCAGUCUGCCUCCACCACCAAGCAAGGAGCCCAGCUUCUGCCCCAAUCACUGGGUCCCCUACGCAGGAAACUGCUACUACUUGGAGAGGAGUAAAAAGAUGUGGAAAGAUGCUCUGGCUGCAUGCCGCAAGGAGGAGGCAGAUCUGGCCAGUAUACACAAUAUAGAGGAACAAAGCUUCAUUAUCUCUCAGUCUGGAUAUUUGUCGACUGAUGUCCUCUGGAUCGGCCUGAAUGACCAGCGGAGCCACAUGCUGUUUGAAUGGUCCGAUAACUCCGACGUCACCUUCACCCAGUGGCUGAGCAGCGAGCCCUCUCACUCCGCCAGCUUCCAAGAAGACUGCGUCCUCAUCAGGGGGAAGGAUGGGAAGUGGGCAGAUCACAUCUGUGAGAAGACGUACGGUUACAUCUGUAAGAAGAAAGGAUCCACCAAGACAGCUGAAGGGAUCCAGGAAGACGUCAACCCAGGAUGCGUAACUGGCUCUGUCAGGUUCGGUUCAUAUUGUUACAACAGCGGAGUGGAAACAAAAACGUUUGAAGAGGCAAAGCAGGCGUGCUCACAGGCUGGGGCCAGUCUGGUGGAUAUAACUGACAGAUAUGAGAAUGCUUUCUUGGUGAGUUUAGUGGGUUUGAGGCCAGAGAAGUAUUUCUGGAUGGGUCUUUCCAACACAGACGACAAAAGCACGUUCAAGUGGACGGUGAGAAGAAAAGUUACCUUCACUCAUUUCAAUGCAGGAAUGCCAGACAGACAUCAGGGAUGUGUUGCAAUGACAACUGGGAUGUUUGCCGGGCUUUGGGACGUCAUCAGCUGCAGCAGGAAGGAGAACUAUAUCUGCAAGAAGGGGGCCGAGGGUGUGCACAUGACAACAGUUCCACCCACCACUCCGACCCUGAACUGUGCGUCCAGCUGGAACCCUGUCGCUGGCAGAAACGCCUGCUACAAGUUUUACAAGAACGCAAACAACGUCAAGAAGACUUGGCAGGAAUCCAAUGACUUCUGCCAGGCCAUUGGAGGAACCCUGAUGAGCAUUCACAGUUCGGAUGACCUGAGGUUGUACAGAGGUGAGCCAGCUUGGAUAGGCCUCACCUACCGUGGCGUGCGUGAAGGUUUUGUCUGGAGUGAUGGAUCGCCUUUCGCCUAUGAGAACUGGGGACACGGGGAACCAAACAACCACAAUGACAAUGAACUCUGCACAGAGAUCCAGUUGUACGGCGGUUAUGGACAGCAUUGGAACGAUCGGCACUGCGACGCCUACAACAACUGGAUCUGCCAGAUACGUAAAGGAGUGGAACCCAAACCUGAGCCUGUAAUUGUGGAACCAGUAUACAACAAAACAGAUGACGGGUGGCUGAUAUAUAACGACACGCAGUACUUCAUCAACAAUGAUAAACUGGCGAUGGAACAUGCUCGAGCCUACUGCAGGACAAACUUCGGUGAUCUUGCCGUCAUCACAGGAGAAAGCGAGAGGAAGUUUCUUUGGAAACAGAUAUCUAGAGGCUCACACGGACAGUACUACAUUGGCAUGACAGUGAACUUGGAUAAAUCAUUUAGCUGGUUAGAUGGGACUCCAGUGACGUAUACUGCAUGGGAGCACAAUGAGCCUAACUUCGCAAACAACGAUGAAAACUGUGUCACAAUGUACAUGAGCAUGGGAUACUGGAAUGAUAUCAAUUGUGGUUUGGAGUUCCCCUCCAUUUGUAAAAGAAGCAGCCAUUCAAUCAAUACAACAAUGGUCCCAACCACAGUUCCUAAAGCAGGAUGUGCGCCAGAGUGGCUGUCUUUCCAAAGUAAGUGCUACAAAAUAGUCACAGGGAAGGACAAUAAGAACUGGCAGGACGCAAGGAAAUACUGCCACGACCAGGGAGGGAAUCUGGUUUCUAUCCUGAAUGACAGAGAGCAAGCAUUCCUAACAACACAGAUGCUCCACCACAACCAAGACUUGUGGAUUGGCAUGAAUGACGUCAACUGGGAAAUGCAUUUUGUGUGGACAGACGGCAGAGCCAUUAAGUACACCAACUGGGCCAAAGGGCACCCAACAUCAGCACCCGAUGGUCGCUAUUUUAUGGAAGAGGCGUUUGACUGUGUGAUGAUGGUGGGGAGCGUCUCCAAAAUAAUAGGACAAUGGAAGGUAGAGGACUGCAACACAAAUCUCGGCUUCAUCUGCAAGAGGAACGGCGAUUCUCAGAUCGCAGUGGCACCUACCACCGUGCCACCAAAUGCCUUCUACAAGCUUGGCAAUGAUUCCUACAAACUGGUGGCUCAGAAGAUGAAAUGGGAUGAAGCUCGGAGGCAAUGCCAAGCAGAUGAUGCUGAUCUGGCCAGUAUCUUGAACCCCGUAACCCAGGCGUACGUCACGCUGCAGAUCUCUAAGCUCAAUCAGUCUGUUUGGAUUGGCCUCAACAACAAUUUGAGUGGGGGUCGCUUCAAGUGGGUUGAUGGCUGGCCUCUGUCUUACACCUUUUGGGGCAGAAAUGAACCCAAAAACAACUACGGCUGUGUUUAUGUAGAUGUGGACAAAUUAUGGAAGACGGCACCUUGUACCAACACAUACUAUUCCCUUUGCAAAAAAUCAACAGACAUAGCUCCCACUGAGCCCCCUCAGCUCCCUGGCAGAUGUCCAGAAUCUAAGGGUAACAGCUGGAUACCUUUCAGAGGCCAUUGUUAUUCAUUUUUCACCUCACAAUCAGUGAAUUGGCCCUUCGCCUCAGUGGAAUGUCUAAAAUUGGGCGCCUCUCUACUCAGCAUCCAGGACCCUGCUGAGAAUCUGUUCAUACAACAGAACUUGGAGCUUCUGCAGGAUGGUGCUAAAAGUUUCUGGAUUGGUCUGUACAAGACUAAUAAUGAUGACUGGAUGUGGGUCGAUAACACUGUUGUAGACUAUACCAACUGGAAGAAAGAAAUGCCAAAGUCAGACAUGUGUGUUCAUGUAAAUUCUGACAGCGGACAGUGGAGUACGGACAGCUGCAGGAGAUACUCGGCUUUCAUUUGCAAAAUGCCAAAAGUUGUCACACCGACAGAAAAACCUACAGCUGCUGCACAAAUUAAAGAACCUUCACAUGGCUCUGCCGGCAUCCCUGUUGCGGUGGUCCUCAUUAUGAUUGCCUUAGUUGGAUUCGGUGCCUUCAUCCUCCUCCGGAAACGAAUACCCUCCCCAAUGCUGGGAGAAUCCACGUUUGACAACAAAUUGUAUUUCAACAAUCCAAUUCGAGCUCCUGUCGACGCCAAAGGUCUGGUGGUCAACAUAGAGCAAAAUGAGCAGGCAUAGCCGGAUUCCGGAGGAGUGAUAGCCAACAAAAUCAUGUCAAACAAUACCAGCAGAUCUUGUCAACUUUUUUUUUGAUCACUUUAUUAGGAAACUGGAUCUCAAGCAAACCCUGUGCUGUUUUGUUUGCUUGUUUGUUUCUGUUUAACACUGAAUUGUGUGCUGUGAAAUUAUUAUAUAAUAAUUAACAUAAGCAAAACAGAGGAUUUGGGACAAAACCUUCUGUGUAUACAAAAAAACAUUAAUGCAGUUUGUGAAAUGUUUGCAGAUAUUUUGAUUUUACUUUCAGAAAUCAGUUUACCCAACGUCAUUUGCAUGAGAAAAAUCAGAAGAUGUCAGAUCAACCAAGUUGCUAUUUUAUGUUUUUUCUGCUCUGGUCUUUGAUAUUGUAAAUAAAUGUCCAGUCAAUAAUAAUAUAGUUAAAUUGUCCUAUUUUCACGUUUCACUUUUAUGAUUUCCUACUCCGACUAAAAAUAGUAAUUUUGUACACAAAUUGCGGAAAAACAGUCAUGAAUCAAAACCCUACCAUACGGCACAGACUGUAUUUGUACUAAUAAAUGUAAAUAAUCAGACUUUAUUAAUGCCCUUGGAGAUUAUUCAUUUUUUCCAUAUUGAGCCACCCUGUCUCUGGGAUGGAGCCACACUGAAUCAUUCUGAGGGAGCUGAAGGGGGUCAAGGGUCACAGUGGCGACCCAUCGAUUUUGAUAUAUGAACUUGUGAAUUCCCGAUCCAAAGUCUGCUUCUCUGACCUCUUGGUUUGUGAUGUGAAGUGAACAAUGAUAAAUGAUUGUAGUAGUGCCACGAAUCAAUGUCCUCAACACGUUGCACAUUUUUAAAACACAAUUCACAGGGAUGGGAGUGCUUCAGGUUGUCGGAAUUUAGAAACUCAAAUGGCAAAUUUCAUCAGUACAAUGAAUAAAUGAAGCCCUGCUAAAUAAUCUAUUUAAAUUGUUUCAGUAAUUGUUGUGUGACCAGCCGUUUUCAACAGAUUACAGUCAGGUUGGCACCAAUCCAAGUCGGCCCUGGCCAACUUGGCACCGCCCCCGGGUUACAGUCAAGUCACCAUCAAAGCCAAGUUGGCAUCUCGCCAAGUCGGCAUCAAGCCAAUUCGGCCUCGCGGAGGGUUCUCAAGUGGCCG